AUGACCUUACUCAUGACAACCGUUACAAUUUGUGGCUUAAAUCUCUGCAGUUGCAUUCCUGCCCUGGAGCCACAGACUCUGGCUGCCCAGAAGAACACUUUGACGGUGACACCCUGUCGCAUGAGAGAGACGAUGAUGAAGGUAUACACAUGUGUAGUGAUACGUAUUUUAUGUUUGUUUAUGAAACCAUUUCAGGAGGCCUAUCUGGAGCUCAUAUAAAAUCAACUCAGCUUACUCGUAAGUGUAUGUAUUGUUUUACUGCUUGCAAAACCAUUGCCUUCCUUCUCUUUCUCUUUUAUUAGGUGAGGACACUGACUGUUUCCAAGGUUUAUGUAA